CGUCACCGCCCCGCCUCCCUCUCCCGCCCGCCGGCCUGGCUGAGGGGUGACACGGGGCUUUGGCUUGGGAAGGGGGCGAGGGAAGCGAGUGAGACGGCGGCUUGGCGGCGGCGGCACAGUCCCACCAAAGUUUUUAUAAUUAUCCAACGACCACCGAUGAUGAUAGGUUGGAGAAACUGCUGAAGCUAAAUUUUAUUGACCAGAAGGGAGUCCAUUUGUUCCACUUCUUUUUGUUUUCCUUACUGCUUUGAGCUUUACUGUAACGGCUGAAAAACUUGGAAAAUAAAAUGAACACUCUAUGGUCUUGAACUUUUUUUUUUUUGAGGAAAAAUUAAAGUGCCAGAGUGAAAGCCAGAAUGGCAUCUAGAGAGAGACUCUUUGAACUUUGGAUGCUUUAUUGUGCAAAGAAAGAUCCAGAUUACCUGAAGCUGUGGUUGGACAGUUUUGUUUCCAGCUAUGAACAAUUCUUAGAUGUUGACUUUGAAAAGCUGCCUACCAGGGUGGAUGAUAUGCCUCCCGGAAUAUCUCUGCUUCCUGAUAAUAUUCUGCAGGUUCUGAGGAUCCAGCUUCUACAGUGUGUUCAGAAAAUGGCUGAUGGAUUAGAGGAAGAACAGCAAGCCUUGUCAGUUUUGCUUGUCAAGUUCUUCAUUAUUCUGUGCAGAAAUCUAUCUAAUGUAGAAGAAAUUGGGACCUGCUCAUAUAUCAACCAUGUUAUUACUAUGACAACACUCUAUAUUCAGCAAUUAAAAAGCAAAAAAAAAGAGAAGGAAUUGGCAGAUCAGACAUCUAUUGAAGAAUUUGUGAUCCAUGCAUUGGCAUUUUGUGAAAGUUUAUAUGACCCAUAUCGGAAUUGGAGGCAACGAAUUUCAGGACGAAUCCUUACUACUGUAGAAAAGAGCAGACAGAAAUAUAAACCAGCUUCUCUCACAGUGGAGUUCGUCCCUUUCUUUUAUCAGUGUUUUCAAGAAAGUGAACAUCUCAAGGAGAGUCUUAAGUGUUGCUUAUUGCAUCUCUUUGGAGCCAUAGUAGCUGGUGGGCAGAAGAAUGCUUUGCAAGCAAUUUCUCCAGCCACCAUGGAAGUUCUUAUGAGAGUUUUGGCUGACUGUGAUUCUUGGGAGGACAGAAAUCCUGAAGAAGUGGGUCGGAAGGUCGAACUUACUCUGAAGUGCCUUACGGAAGUGGUGCAUAUCCUUCUCACUAGCAGCUCUGAUCAGCGUCAGGUGGAAACCAGCACUAUUCUGGAGAACUAUUUUAAAUUGCUAAAUUCAGAUCAUUCAGCUUUACCUAACCAAAGGAGGUCCAGACAGUGGGAAAACCGGUUCAUAGCUCUUCAGAUCAAAAUGCUGAAUACCAUCACAGCCAUGUUAGACUGCACAGAUAGACCUGUUCUUCAGGCUAUUUUUCUUAACAGUAACUGCUUUGAACAUCUCAUACGACUGCUACAGAACUGCAAGCUAUUUUUAAAUGCUAACAAUAAGGUGGCAGACAAGAACGAGAAAGACCUUGCCAACAAAUUACUGACAGAAAUGAAUGAGGACCAGGUGUUUCAGGGACAGUUGGACUGUUUGGCUGUAUCAGCUAUUCAGGCUUUGACAGCAGUAAUGAACAAAUCUCCAGCUGCUAAGGAAGUAUUUAAAGAACGAAUUGGUUAUACACAUAUGUUUGAAGUAUUAAAAUCACUGGGUCAGCCACCACUGGAACUACUUAAAGAACUUAUGAAUAUGGCUGUGGAGGGUGACCACACUUCAGUGGGUAUUUUGGGCAUUAGUAAUGUCCAGCCUCUCUUGCUUCUUAUCCAGUGGCUUCCAGAGCUAGAAUCCCAUGACCUGCAAAUCUUCAUCUCAGAUUGGCUGAAAAAAAUUUGUUGUAUUAACAGGCAGAGUCGAACUACUUGUGUCAAUGCAAACAUGGGAAUUAGAAUCACUGAAGCCCUUAAUUCCCAUUCUUCCCUCCAUCGAACUUGUGCUGAGAACUUGAUCGCGCUCCAUGGUUCCUUGGGGAGUCAGUCAGUCAGCUCAGAAGAAAUCCGUCAACUACUGAGAUUGCUAAGAGUGGAUGACUCUGAAUUUGCUCACCCCUAUACCACUCCUGUAACUCGAGCAAUCCUGACAAUGGCCCGAAAACAAAGUCUAGAGAGCGCCCUUCAGUAUUUUAAUUUGUCACAUAGUAUGGCAGGAAUUUCUGUGCCUUCCAUACAGAAAUGGCCAGGGUCUGCCUUUUCUUUCAAUGCUUGGUUUUGCUUAGAUCAGGAUCAGUUGACUCUUGGCAACGCUAACAAAGGAGGAAAAAGAAAACAAUUAUACAGCUUUUUUACAGGAAGUGGUAUGGGUUUUGAAGCUUUUAUUACCCAUUCAGGUAUGUUGGUUGUGGCAGUGUGCACGAAAAGAGAAUAUGCAACAGUUAUGCUUCCUGACCACAGUUUCUGUGAUUCCCUCUGGCACAACAUAACCAUUGUUCACAUGCCUGGAAAAAGGCCCUUUGGUCAGAGCCUUGUCUAUAUCUACGACAAUGGACAGCAGAAGGUCUCUGCCCCUCUGAGAUUUCCUGCCAUGAAUGAACCUUUUAUUUCUUGCUGCAUUGGUUCGGCUGGGCAAAGAACCACCACUCCCCCACCAUCCCAAAUCCCAGAUCCACCUUUUUCUUCUCCUAUUACUCCUCAUCGAACAUCAUUUGGUGGAAUUUUGUCUUCAGCCUCCUGGGGAGGGACAACUGAAAAAUCAAAAUUGAUUACCAAAUUGAUAUCAGCUGGAACCCAAGACAGUGAAUGGGGAUGCCCCACAUCUCUGGAGGGUCAGCUGGGGUCCGUUAUCAUCUUCUAUGAAGCACUGCAGCCUCCUCAGGUGAAGGCAUUAUAUUUAGCAGGUCCAAACUGUUUAAGCCCUUGGAAAUUUCAAGAGUCUGACAUGGCUGACCUGCCUGGUAACGUCCUUCUUCACUACACUGCAAAGGCCUGCAAAAAUUCGAUCUGUCUUGAUUUAUCUACUAAUUGUUUCCAUGGAAGGUUAACAGGAAACAAAGUAGUAAACUGGGACAUUAAGGACGUUAUAAACUGCAUAGGUGGAUUAAAUGUACUCUUUCCUCUAUUGGAACAAAUCAGCCACUUUGGUGAAGGACAGAUUCCUGAAGGAUUGAAUGAAAGCACAGUUUCUGAAUUGAUAACACCUGUAGAAGGAGAUUGGGUGGUAUUGACCUCCACAAAGGCAUCAGAGUCAAGACUCGAGAGAAAUUUAAUUGCAACAUUUAUCUUGAUUGUGAAACACUUUAUUCAAAGACAUCCUAUUAACCAGGACAACCUUAUUCACUCCCAUGGAGUUGCCGUUCUUGGAGCCUUACUUCAGAAGGUGCCUAGCGCUUUGAUGGAUGUUAAUGUAUUGAUGGCAAUUCAGUUACUCAUUGAACAGGUAUCAUUAGAGAAAAAUAUGCAGCUCCUGCAACAAAUGUAUCAAUAUUUACUCUUUGACUUCCGUAUUUGGAACCGUGGAGAUUUUCCCUUUCGAAUUGGUCACAUACAGUAUCUUUCCACCAUCAUCAAAGACAGCAGGAGAGUUUUCCGAAAGAAGUAUGGUGUGCAGUUUCUCCUGGAUACACUUAGGAUUUAUUAUGGGAGUGAUUGUAAAUAUAGUGAGCUGUCUCCCGAUGAUAUUCGAACAAUAAGGACUUCUUUGUAUGGACUAAUUAAAUAUUUUCUGAGCAAAGGCGGAACUCAUGAAGAGAUACAAAGUAUUAUGGGUUACAUAGCUGCUAUCAAUGAAGAAGAACAGCUUCUUGGAAUUUUGGACAUACUCUUCAGCCUCCUACGUACCAGCCCAACUAGAGGUCAGCUUUUCUUACUACUGUUUGAACCUGGAAAUGCUGACAUACUUUAUGCCUUGCUCUUAAAUCACAAGUACUCUGACAAACUAAGAGAAACCAUUUUUAAGGUUAUGGAACAGAUGUUGAAAUGCACAAAUGUUUAUGAACGAAGUAAACAACGUAUUCGACUCAGAGAAGUUGGCUACUCAGGAUUUGGACUCCUUCUUAAUGAAGCACCUAUUAAUACUUCUCUGAUUAAAAGUCUCACCAAUCAAAUUAUAAAUACAGAUCCUGCUAUUAAUUUCAAAGAUCUGUUGUCUGUGGUAUAUAUAUCUCACAGAGCCUAUAUAAAUGUCAGGGUGGUCAUCUGCAGAAAGAUUCUACAGAUUUUGCAGUCCCAGCCAGAUGCAGCACAUCAGAUAUCUCAACAAGUGGGCUGGCAAGACACCUUAGUUAGGCUCUUUUUAAAAGCAAAUUUUGAAAAUGGAAAUACUCUUCAUAAGCACAGUAGGGCUAUUAUAAUGAAAGACAAUGAUAAAAAUAUAUCAGUGGAAGAUAUGAAGAGUAACUUUGACGAAAAGACAGAUGAAGAAAAAAUUGCCUCUUUUGCCUCAGCUCCUGUGUCUUCAGAUGAGUGGAGUUUGGAGGAUAGACAGUCUCUGGACUCAAACAUGCCAUUAUUUCAAGAAGAUAGCUUGAUGGGAGAACCAUCUUUCAAAUCAGAGAAUCAAGAAGAAUUCUGGCAUAAUAACCCUUCACCUCUGAGUUUGGAUCUCAGUGGCAUUGACUCAUGUGAACCGAGUGAUGGCGGAAGUCAGAUGCCAGACAGCCUGCCCAGCACACCUUCCCCAGUAGAGUCCAUGAAGCCGUUUCCUGUGCAAACCGACAAAGAAAGCAGUGUCACAAAUGAUGUGGGUUUUAGUGAUGACUUAUCUUUACUUGAAAACAAAGAGAGAUGUGAGGAGGAGCUUAUUCAGUUACUGACCAAUAUUUUGAGCUGUAUAAUGUGUAAGGGACUAGAAAAGUCUGAUGACGAUACUUGGAUUGAACGGGGACAAGUGUUUUCAGCACUAACUAAACCAGGAAUAUCCAGUGAGCUACUUCGACCAUCAGAUGAAAUAAAACUAAUUUUGCUACAGAAGAUGUUAGAAUGGGCCGUCACAGAAAACAGAGAAGCAAAAACAAAUCCCGUAACUGCUGAAAAUGCUUUCCGCCUCACACUGAUCACACAGGACUUCCUGCAGUCAGAGGGACUAGUCAAUUCGAACAUCUGGACUGAGAAGCUUUUAGAGGAUUUGAUGCUGCUCUUCGACAGUCUGUCAGUUUGGUAUGCUGAAAGUCCAGUAUGGGUGAAACUCUCUCAGAUUCAAAUCCAGUUGCUGCUUGGCUUCAUUGGAAGGGGUAAUUUGCAGGUUUGUGCAGUGGCAUCUGCUAAGCUAAACACCCUUCUUCAAACCAAAGUGAUUGAAAAUCAGGAUGAAGCAUGUUACAUUUUAGGGAAGCUGGAACAUGUUCUGAGUCAGUCAAUCAAGGAACAGACUGAAAUAUAUUCAUUUCUGAUUCCCCUUGUCCGUACCCUAGUUUCUAAAAUUUAUGAACUUCUCUUCAUGAACUUGCAUCUGCCUUCUUUACCUUUGACAAAUGGUAGCGCUUCAUUUUUUGAAGAUUUUCAAGAAUAUUGCAGUUCAAAUGAAUGGCAAGUUUACAUUGAAAAAUAUAUUGUACCUUACAUGAAGAAAUAUGAAACCCAUACAUUUUAUGAUGGUCAUGAGAGCAUGGCACUUUAUUGGAAGGAUUGUUACGAAGCCUUAAUGGUGAAUAUGCAUAAGCGAGACCGGGAAGGGGGAGAAAGCAAGCUCAAGUUUCAGGAGUUUUUUGUGGAGCCGUUUAAUCGAAAAGCACGCCAGGAGAACUUGAGGUAUAAUAACAUGAUGAAACAACUUAGCAGUCAGCAGUUAGCCACUCUGAGACGCUGGAAGGCAGUCAAGCUUUAUCUUACAUGUGAAAGGGGACCUUGGGCUAAAAGGAAACAAAAUCCAAUUCACUGGAAACUAGCUAAUGUAGAAAAUUAUUCCCGCAUGAGACUUAAAUUGGUACCAAAUUAUAAUUUCAAAACCCAUGAAGAAGCUAGCGCUUUGAGAGAUAAUCUAGGUAUCCAACACUCACAGCCUUCCAGUGAUUCAUUGCUUCUGGAAGUGGUGAAACAAGUAAAAGUUAGUGAUAUGGAGGAGGAUAAAUUGGAUCUUCCUGAAGAGGAAAUAACAGCCAGAGUAAAUAUUGAUGAGAAAGAAGAACAGAAUCAAAAAGAAAAAUUGGUGUUAGCAGAAGACUGUGAACUCAUUACAAUCAUUGAUGUAAUUCCUGGCAGAUUAGAAAUCACUACUCAACACAUUUACUUCUAUGAUGGCAGCACUGAAAAAGAAGAUGGAGUAGGCUUUGAUUUCAAGUGGCCUCACUCUCAAGUUCGAGAGAUUCACCUACGACGAUACAACUUAAGGAGGUCAGCCCUUGAGAUUUUUCAUGUUGACCAAUCCAACUACUUUCUCAAUUUCAAAAAAGAGGUUAGGAACAAAGUAUAUAGCAGACUGUUGUCACUUCAUUCUCCAAAUAGCUAUGGAACCAGAUCACCACAGGAGUUAUUCAAAGCAUCAGGACUGACACAGAAAUGGGUAAACAGAGAGAUGUCAAAUUUUGACUACCUCAUUCAGUUAAAUACAAUGGCAGGACGAACCUAUAAUGACCUUGCACAGUAUCCUGUGUUCCCCUGGAUUUUACAAGAUUAUACUUCAGAAGAGUUGGAUCUUAAUAACCCAUCUGUAUUUCGAGAUCUAUCCAAACCAAUUGGGGUAGUUAAUGAUAAAAAUGCCAAAGCCAUGAGAGAAAAAUAUGAAAAUUUUGAGGAUCCUAUGGGAACUAUUGAUAAAUUUCAUUAUGGUACUCACUAUUCAAAUUCUGCUGGAGUUAUGCACUAUCUUAUUCGUACAGAACCAUUCACCACCCUCCACAUCCAGCUUCAGAGUGGAAGGUUCGACUGUGCCGAUCGACAGUUCCAUUCCAUCCCUGCUACCUGGCAGGCUCUCAUGGACAAUCCAUACGAUGUGAAGGAACUUAUUCCCGAAUUCUUCUAUUUCCCAGAGUUUUUGGAAAAUCAAAAUCAAUUUAACUUGGGUCGUCUACAAGUUUCCAAAGAACUGGUAAAUGAUGUCGUUCUCCCCAAAUGGGCUAAGUCUGCUGAAGAUUUCAUCUAUAAACAUAGGAAAGCUCUGGAGUCUGAAUAUGUUUCUGCUCAUCUUCAUGAAUGGAUAGAUCUGAUUUUUGGCUAUAAACAGAGGGGGCCGGCUGCAGUGGAGGCACUCAAUGUUUUCUAUUACUGUAGUUAUGAAGGAGCUGUGGAUCUGGAUGCCUUAACAGAUGAGAAGGAAAGAAAAGCCUUAGAAGGGAUGAUUAACAAUUUUGGACAAACACCUUGUCAACUGUUAAAGGAACCACACCCUUCUAGAUUAUCAGCAGAGGAAGCAGUGCAGAAGCAAGCCAAAACAGACACUUCAACCUUUAACCUAUUUCAACACCUCCCUGAACUCAAGUCAUUUUUUAUAGAGGGAAUUAGUGAUGGUAUUCCACUAGUAAAGGCAAUUGUUCCCAAAAAUCAGUCUCGUUCUUUUAUGUCACAAGGAAGUCCUGAGUUACUGAUAACAGUAAGCAUGAAUUACAUUAUUGGAACCCAUGGAUGGCUGCCAUAUGACAGAAACAUUUCUAAUUACUUUACAUUCAUCAGGGAUCAAACUGUGACAAAUCCUAAAACUCAGCGUAGUAUGAAUGGCCCUUUUGCUCCAGGGCUGGAGAUCACUUCUAAGCUAUUUAUAGUAUCACAUGAUGCGAAGUUGCUUUUUAGUGCUGGACACUGGGAUAAUAGCAUUCAAGUGAUGUCACUUACAAAAGGCAAACUUGUUUCACACAAUAUCAGACAUAUGGAUAUUGUGACUUGUUUAGCUACAGAUUACUGUGGAAUACAUUUGAUUUCUGGUUCCAGAGAUACUACAUGUAUGAUAUGGCAGAUUACCCAACAGGGAGGUGUUCCCGUGGGCCUGGCAUCCAAACCCUUUCAGAUUCUGUAUGGACACUCUGAUGAGGUGCUGAGCGUCGCCAUCAGCACCGAGCUAGACAUGGCAGUGUCAGGAUCACGGGAUGGCACUGUGAUUAUACAUACCAUUCAGAAGGGUCAGUACAUGCGGACUUUACGACCACCUUGUGAGAGUUCUCUGCUCCUGACCAUUCCCAAUUUGGCUGUGUCUUGGGAAGGACAUGUUGUCAUCUACUCCAGCAUUGAAGAAAGUACCACUGUCAAGGAUAAGAAUGCAUUGCAUUUGUUUUCUGUAAAUGGCAAGCAUCUAGGGUCCCAAGUCCUGAAGGAACAAGUAUCAGAUAUAUGUAUAAUUGGAGAGCACAUUGUCACAGGCAGCUUACAAGGAUUCCUGUCCAUAAGAGAUCUCCACAGUUUGAAUCUCAGCAUCAACCCAUUAGCCAUGCGAUCGCCUAUCCACUGUGUUUGUGUAACCAAAGAAUAUAGCCAUAUUCUUGUAGGAUUAGAAGAUGGCAAAUUGAUUGUAGUGGGUGUUGGCAAGCCAGCUGAGAUGCGCUCAGGUCAGCUUUCUCGAAAAUUGUGGGGAUCUAGCAAACGGCUCAGCCAGAUCUCAGCUGGAGAAACUGAAUAUAAUACUCAAGAUUCCAAGUGAUUGUUAUUUCUACCUUCUGUCAUGGAUAACUGAAAUUUGAUUUAUCACUUUGUCACUUUAACCACAUCUCUCAACUAUCUCAAAUGCUUCAGGUCUGUUAUCCCUGAAAAUCAUUCAGGGUUUACCAAAAUUUGGUAUGGCAUAUGUAUAAGUUUAGUCAUAGGUAUUACUGUUAUCCACUUAAAAUUUUUCUAGUUAACAUCAUUGAAUCUAUCUUAUUAAUUCUUACUCUACACUAAGAUGAAUUUGAGAAAAGACAUUUGAUUAGAUUUAGUGGUUUAUUCCUAAGGAUAAUUAGAUCUUUUUUUAAAAAAUAAACUUCUAAAAAUGAAGAAGUUAGAUUCAUCUCACUUACUCUAAACAGCAUAAGUUGUACUUCUAAUAAAAGAGUAGAUAGAGAUAAUGGGACAGUUGAGAGAUAUGGCUUUUAAUACAUUCUUUAGUUAAUCAUUCUAUUUACUGACCACCAUAUUUAAAAUCCACAAUUUAUUUAUGAAACUUCUGAUCAGAGGUAAUAUUUGAAAAGCAUCUGUUGCAUACUUGUAUUUUUAAACUGGUACAUUGGCUCAUCCCACUACUACUUAGCAUAUUACUAAUGAGAAUUUAUUGCAACAUAUUAUCAUCCUUAAAUAAUAAAGGUUGAGUACGAAUAAAAGAAAUUAGAGAUACAUUUUACAGAUAUAUUUCACUAGUAGUAGAGUUAAGGAAAAAUGCUAAUUAUGAUUUUGACAUUUGGGUCCUGUAUAGCAUUUGCAGCUCAAUUUAUAUAUGCAGAGUACAAAAUUUCUUGGCUUUUUCUUUAUUAAACACUAUGUUUUCCCUCAAUAAUUUUUGGAGUUAGAAAUGAUACCCAAAUAAUUAUGUUUUUACUUAUUUCAUAUGAUUGAUGGACUGAAAAGAAAUGCAUAACUUAGUCAUUUAGAUAUAGUAAUUUAAAAAAAUACACAUUUCUGUUUCAUGUUAUGUAUAAUUUAGGAUUACAAUUAAUUUUAUUAUACAUCACUAGAUGUUACAUUAUGCUUUGCUAUUCAAGAUUUUAAAGUACUGAUAGAUUUAUUUUAGAAUUCAAAGAGAUUGUUAAACCUUGUACUUUUGUAAGGUCAUGUUUUGAGUAGGGUCAGAAAGCUUUUACAACUAUUUGAGUGUCCUUAAUCUGAGAUUCCACAGGUUUUGAGAGAAUUUAUGAAUCCCUUAAAAUUGUGAGGAAAUUCUGUUUGUUAGCUGCCUUUUUUUCCCCUAGGAAUGGGUGGUUGAGUGGCUUUCUAAAUGGGGUCUGUGAAAAAAGAGGAGGGAAAAAAAAAAGACUUUUUACAACAAUACCUUUUAAAGUAAUAAUAUUCUUGUUUUAUUCCACAAACCUUAGAAUUCCUUAUAUCCAGUUGUCUUCUCAAUUGAAUCUUUGAAAAAUUUUUCCUUUGCAGUCCUCUCCUGUUGCCUGUUGCCCACAGUUGUCAAUACCCUUUUCUUUAUAAUCCUAUGAGAGAGUAAAAAAAUAUGAAAAGUGAAGGAUUCUGUAAUAGGGAAACUAUUUGAUAACAUUCAAUCGGCUUGUAGAAGAGCUAGCAAAAAGUUGUGGAAGAAUAUUCUUUCCAGUCAUUUAAAAUCCUCUUUUAUCAGUAGAAAACUUAUAUUUACGUGAAUCACACCAAAAUAAACUGAUGCAGCAUAAAGUAGAACAUCUGUGAAUGUGAUGGUUUCCUUUUUUGAGGACUUCAGUCAUUUGUGGUAAAAAUGCCUCAAAACAAGUCAGUAGAGGUAAUUAUGAUAUAUUAAGAUUAAUUUCUUCUAUUAGUUUUUUCAUUCUUAUAAAAUAUUCAUUCUUAUAAAAUAUUCAUCAAUAUUUUCAUUUUUCAUCUUAUAAAAUGUAGGUUAUCCUCCAAAACCUAUUUUGUAGGUUUGCAGUCAAGAGAAUCAAAAUGAUUGAUUUUUGGUAUUUUAAAUGUUGAAGUUUUUAAAAAAAUGUUUCUAAAUCGAAACUUUGGAAAUGUUUCUUUUGCCUAUUUAAUCUAGAGAUUUUGGUAUAAGGAUGCCUUCUUUAUUUUUAAGGUUAUUUAAUACUGGUUUUGGAAGUUAUUUUGGAAAUUAUUGGCUUUGGAAGUUACAGAAAAGUUUAACUUAGAUUAUUAGGGGGAAAUUCCUAAAUUUUUGGUAGUUUGCUACUGUUUAGAUGGAGUAACUGAACAAGCAGGGUUCAUUUUAUAGCACAAACAUGAAGAAGCUUUGUUCACAGUAGAUCUUCUGUCUAGAACAAUAGUAGGUGUUCAGAGCAGUAAAAUUCAUCCUUACAUUUUCCAAAAAGUGAAAACCAAAAUCUCAAAAUUUUGAGAAAAGUCUUUGAGAAUACUAGCAACAGUCUAGAAGAAUGGAACUUAAAGUUUAUUAAAUAAGCAAAUAUAGUAGUAGCUUUGGCUGAAUAGGGCUUCCCUGGUGGCUCAGCUGGUAAAGAAUCUGCCUGCAAUGCAGGAGACCUGGGUUCGAUCCCUGGGUUGGGAAGAUCUCCUCGAGAAGGGAAAGGCUACCUAUUCUAGUAUUCUGGCCUGGAGAAUUCCAUGGACCGUACAAUCCAUGGGGUCGCAACAAGUCCGACUUGACUGAGUGACUUUCACUUUUGGCUGAGUAAUUCCUCUUUUAAACAGUGUAGACCACUGAAUUAAAAAUUGCUAGGUAAAAUCACUGAAAAGAUACACUUUGAGGGAUUCUGGUGUAUUUAGAUGUUAUCCAUACAAAUUAGUUCUGUAUUGUAUAAUGGGAGAGAUGAAUAGUAUCAUUUGUGCAGUAACAGGUGGACAUUUUAGAUGAUGAAUAUAAUAUUUCAACUUAGCUGUUAAAUGAAAUGUGUUGUCUUUGAAAAACUUUUCUUCUGCUUUUGUUUCUUGACACAAAUAAAAUCUCUGCAUCCUGAUGAUGCGGAGUGAUUUAUAGUAAGAUAAUGAUUUUAUAUUUAGAAAGUGAGGUCAAGUAUUAAAAUAUAUAAUACAGGUACUACUCACUUAGAGAAAAAAAAAGCUUUGUAAGAUUUUUUUCAACUCUUCCCAAACAGUAUUCUGUCAUUACUUAGAUAAAGUUGGAGGAGAGAAGGGAAAAAUAGAGCAGGGCAUGAAUGAGCUUGACCAGUUGUUUUAAAGUCUUAUAAACCUGUGAAGCUCAUGUCAUUUAUGAAUCAAUUUCUAUUCAUUUCCUUUAGUCACAGUGCUUUUUCAGGUCACAUCCUUUUGUAGAAGAGAAAAUGUCAAGUAUUCAUUUGUCAUUAACAAAGAACAACAGUGAGGCUUCCUUUUUUCUCUGUGUUAAGGUGUAUAAAAAUUAUCCUUUAAGAACUAGUAUUGAAAAUCACUUUUAUGCUUCUGAAGGAGUAAACGUGCCGUCAUAAUUAAUUAGAAUUUAGAUUUGAAAGUUGAAUCUUAAUCAAAUAUUUUUUGUAUUUUGCUUACAUAGAAGUAGAUAGAGGAAAUUAACUUGAAUACCCUAUUUUUAUUUAAUGAUGACACCAUGACAUGGCCUUUGCCUUUAAGUAUAUUUUAUAUUGUUAUUAUUAAAGGAAUCACUAAUGGAAAUCUCUUAAUUGAAUUUAAAUAGCUAACGCUCCUUUUAUAUAUUUAUAUUUAUAAAGUGAAUAGCAUUGUCUUUAUCACCUUUCCAAUGAAAAGAUGCAAGUACAUGGCCUAUUUAAAAUAUAAAUAUUAUAUAAAUAUUAAAUAAUAUCAUGUAACAUGGAAUAUCAUGUGCGGGUGUAUAUAUAUGAAGGUUGGUCUCUUCAAAUACAUCAUUAAAUAUGUCAUCCAUAAAUAAAUUCUUAAACCUAUCUUUAGGAUAUAGUUUUUGACUGAUUUAAGAAAUGAAAUACAUUCUUUUUUUUUUUUCCUAAAUCUAAUCUGUUGUUAUCAGGCAGACUCAUAGCUUGUCCUAACUCCUGUUUCUCUGAUCAACUCUGUCCUUUCCCAGGAAGUGACUAGUCUUCAACGUUUUUAUCACUCUAAGCAAAUACUGUUCUUAAUAUUCUUUUAGCUUUAUUUAUUUAUCAUGCAUACAUUUGAUUUGCUUUUAAACUUGAUCAUCCAGAACAUUGUCCUAGAGAGUUCUCCCAUAUGAGAGUUCUUGUUGUCAUCAUUUCAGUAUUAUUGAAAUGAUCAGUCAUCAUUUCAAUAUUAUUAAAAUGUGGGCCACAGCCUUAUUUAUUUAAUUUGAAUCUAGCAUUUUUCAAGUCCAUUGUUUCUUAACUGAGAUUACAGGUAGACUUCUCUGUGAAGUUUUAUAAAUAUACAGAAGUUUAGGCACUACUCUGGAUAUUUUGAACCUCUUGAUAUUCUUGGUAUAAAAAAACUAUGUCUCAGGGUUAUUAAAUCAAAAUAUUUUCUGCUAUAGAAAUUAUAUCCAUUCAUUUUUUAUAAAUCAGAUCUGGUAUUCACAGGCUUAUUUGAAAGUAGGUGUGAUCAUUAUCCUUGAAGACAUUUUUUUCUAAAAUUUGCUUGGAAUGGCUUUCUUAUCUUUGUCUUGCAUGCCACAGUAACAACUAAAUUUCCUUUUCAGUUUGCAUUAUUCUUAUCAUAAACCUCUUCAAACCUGUCAUAUUUAGAAAUUGUAACUAAUAUCUGUCUUCAGAAAAGUGUUUGCUUGUGUUAGUUCCUAGUGACUAAUCAGUGAAUAUUUUGCAUAUCUGAAUUAGGUAAUAUUUUUAAGUGUUAAUAAAAUCAUGAGUAACAAAAUGCUAGAUUUAAAACAUUGACUUAGAUCUCUUAAAGCUAUGAAGCUAGUAAUCAAUAGUUUUCCUAAUUAAAAGCAUUGACUUAAAUUCCCUAAGCACUUCUGAAGACUUUUGUAGGUGUAGCCUCUGUAUGGAAGUACCCCUUAAUUUUUCAUAUGAGAUGUCCUAGUAUUAAGAAAAAAUAGAGCAUUAACAUUUAAGAUAUUUAAGCCUGUAUUGAGAAUAAUUAAUUUUCUGCAUUAAAAACAUAGGGCUAUCUUAAAAAAAAAUAAAACAUAGGGCCAUCUUAGAUUACAAAAAUUAUGAUUUUCAUCAGUAUAAGAAACUGCUUUUCUGAUACAUUGUAGUAAUUCAUCAGAUACAUCUUCUUAGAUUAUCUCACUGACAUUUGUCACAUGUGGGUGAUUUCUAAAGACACUGUAGGAUUUAGACCUAUAAAGCUAAUGGCUUUAGUGAAAAAAGCAGAGAUAAAGUUGUAUUUACUUUUGUCUUAAUGCCUUUAAUCUUAUGAAUUGAAAAUUCAAAGGAAAAGAACAAGUAGAAAGUCACUUGGUCAACAUUUGUUUUCCUUGAUUUAAUUUUAAUGUUUCCUUGGAAACUUAUUUUGCAAAUAUUACCAUAAUAAUGAUAAUACCACAGUAUUGUCAUUGAAAAGGUUACCCAUUCUUUUUUUUUAAAAAUUCCCGUUCAUUUUUCAAAGUUGACUGCUAGUGGACUUUUCAGUAUCUGUGUGUGUGUGUUUUCACUUAAAAUGGCUCUCUCAUUAUUUAAAAUUUAUAACUAUUUUUGAGUGUAUAAACUGAUUAGCUAUUUAUAAUACUAUUACAGUACAGCAUUGUAAUUUGAGAAAGAAAACAAGUUAGGAUUUAGGUGGGAUUGAAAAAUAAAAUUAUAUUUUACUGAUUAAAAUAUAAACUUUUUAAAAAGUCUUAUUCCAAUGGACCUUUUAAAAUUUAUUUUUGUAAUAAUAUAUUGUACUUAAUGUGUAUAAAAUUAGAGGCUUUCUGGUAGCCAGUAUUCCAAAUAAAUAGUUAAUAUUCAAAUGCUAUUUUUGUUGUUCCUUAUCUUGGAAACAUUUUCCCACAAUAUCUAAGCAAUGUGUUUUAAGAUUUACUGGACUCAAUCUACAGAUUCAACAAAUAUUCCUCUUGCAUUUUGGAGGAAAAAAGCUUAUCUAUGAUAAACAUAUUUUUCUCUUUAGAAUGCUAAAAUUAUAUUAAUCAAUAAACAAUUUAGAGAGUAGUUCUGGUAAGGCGAUGUCAGUUGUCAAACUUAAUUGAAAAAAUGUCAGUCCCUUAGUUUCUUCUAUAGGUAUUAAAUGGAAUAAUUUUAUUUCUUUGGGAUUUUAACUUUUUCAUGAAUAAUUUUCAAAAUAUUUAACUACAAUAGUUUCUACAUUUCUUCCAAAAUUAUGGCAUAUUUCAGUACAUCUUACUGUUAAAGAUCUUUUAUACUUUUUAUUUUUUUUCCUAUUGUAGUUUUUACUGGUCUCUCCAAUUCUUAAAUACCAUCACCCAAAAGUUUUUGUGGCUACUGUUUUACAGUUAGCUUUACAGAAAACCAUAUGGCUGGUCUGUUCUCUUCGGAAAUUCCUAAUGGGUAUUGCUUUCCUUCCCCCACCUGUUUGCUUUUAUAUAGACUUGGAGCAAAAAUAUUAGCAAAAAAUAAUCAUCUAACCAGUCAUUUUCUGUCAGGUUCAGUGCUAUAAAAAGUGAAUUACACUAAGAUUGAAAAAUAUUGAACACAUGUGAUUUGGCCUCUUACGUCAAUCUUUCUGGGAUCCAGAUUAAAUAGGAGUAUUUCAGUGUUAUCAUAUAGGUGACAGUGAUUUGAAUGUGUGUGUGUGUGUAUACAUAUAUAUAUAUACACACAUAUAUAUGCACAUAGUCAAUUCAGAGGAGGAUAGCUAAAAAUUCGGAAUUACUUGUUUUAAAAGAGUACUUGCAAAUUGUGCUGCUACUUAAAUAUUUAAGGAAUUCAAAAAUUUAAGUAUUUAUCAUAAAGUGUUCCUUCUCAUUUGUUCUACUGGAAUUGACCAUUAAAAAGAGAAUAUUAAGCCUUAUUUAUAUCUAAUUAUUGACUGUGCAAACUGUGACUCAAUGAAUACUUGUAUGCCAAAAAAAAAAGGUUUUAAAGUUGAGAUAGUUUUAGACUUAAUAAAGAUGUGUAAAUAAUUUUUAUUAGUAUUAUUAUAAUGAAGUUACUGUUAAUUUGGUGCAAUACAUUCUUCCCUUUCUCAUCCUUUUAAAAUUAAAUAUAUAAGAUGUAUGUUUUGUUUUGUUACAUUGAAUGUUUUAAAAUUUUUCAGUGUGUGUAUAUGAGCUAAUGUUUGUUUCUGUAUAGCAUGAUUGAAGAUAAUUGAAAAAUUUGCACAUUUUUUAGUCAUUUGGAAAUUUGUAUUCUAACAGUUUUUAAGAAUAUGCAUUUAUUUUGUAAAUAAUAAAUUAGCUUUGUAUAUGAAAAUGGGUUUGAAUCAAAUAAAAAAGUGAUGUUACUUUCUUCA